AUGUCGCCGCGCCCGCGCACAAGUAGUCUGCAUGUCGUAGUGUCCAAUCGCAGCCACGCAGUAGUCGUAGGUCGAGGCACGGGCGCCGCCGUGCCGGCGAUCAAGCCCGAGGCACGCAAUGCCCUGGGACGCAACCACGGAAUGGAUGCUCCGUGGGUACGCCCUACUGUCUGUGCGGCACAGAUGUGUCACACAUGUGCACGCGCACGUGCGACAAGGCCCACAUGA